AUGAGUACGUUCAAAAUCAUAACCUUGCAUUCGUAAAAUAUUCCUGCUCCCGAUUCCUGAAUAUACAUAUAUAUUAUUUGUAUAUACCAAUGCCUUCUAAACUUACAAGCCAUGAUGUUGAAAAUCGGCAACACUGUAAGGUAGUCCGAUGUCAUCCAAUUCACGUGAGCAGUUUGUGUUUGAAUUUUUUUACUUUUGAGACGGUUUCUGUUAUUUAAAACCACCCUACGAUGCCUCGUAGGUGUUGCGUUCCAGCCUGCAAAUCUAAUUAUGACAGUGAAAUUAAAAAAACCAACACUACUGUGACAACAUUUUCCUUUCCGAAAGAUCCUGCCCGGAAAAAUGUGUGGAUACGAGCAAUACCACGUAAAGAUUGGACCCCUUCUGCUACUUCAGCAGUUUGUAUUAAUCAUUUUAACGAUCGACAUGUUGUUAAAUAUCAAGUUUGUGUGAAGCCAAAUGGGGAAAGGCAGCAAGUCUUGUUGAAAUAUCCAAAACUUACAAAGGAUGCUGUACCCCAAAUCUUCAAAAAUUUACCAGGAUAUCUCUCAGUGGAUUUAGUGCCAGAGCGAAAAGAUCCAGAACAAAGAAGAAUUCAGUUGGAGAAACAGCAUGCUGCAAAAAUUGAACAAUUUUUGUUAAGUGACAAUAUCAAUGGCUACGAUAAUUUUGUAAAUAACUUUAAAAAUCAUCUACAAAAUCUAUCAGAGUGGAGUUUUAAAGUGGUAGAAGAUGGUGUGUGGUGUUAUGUGCUGAACAUUGAUCAUCAAACUGACUGUGAAAUUCAAGAACUUACAGUCGUUUGUAGUGUUAACAUAAGGAACGAUUUAGGAGUAAAAGUGUUUGUAAAAGGUAAUGAGAUAUCUUAUAAUGACUUGCGGUGGCUGUUUACUGGUACUCUAAAAUUAACCAAAUGGUCACAAUUUGAAAAUUUAUUGUUGCGGUACAAAAAUGUACCACAUAGAGAAGAUACUGUUCCUGAACAUUAUAUAAAUAAAGCAUAUAUUUUUUUAGAAAAAGCACAUGCAUUGUUGAAUGAUGAUCAUGAAUAUAAAUAUAAGAAGUAUUUGGACAGUAUUCUGCAGCAGCUUAAAAUGUUAUGUCAGAAGAAGAGCAAAUACAGUUCAUCAGUAUUAUUAUUUGCAUUUAUGAUAUAUUCACAAUCUGUGCCUGCAUACAAUAUUUUGAGAGACUACUUUUUUCUGCCACAUAAACGAUAUUUGCAGCAAUUGUCUUCAGGUUUCAAUGUUUCAACAAAUGAUUCUACCAGUACAACACAUUAUAUUGAACAUUUAGCUAGCCAUUUAACUGAAAGAGAAAAAUAUGUGGCCCUAUUGAUUGAUGAGAUUUAUGUUCAUAGUCAUAUAAGUUUCAAAAAUAAUAACAUUGUCGGUAUGGCAGAAAACCAUCCUACACAGGCGGCAAAAACUGUUGUAACAUUCAUGAUCACUGCAGUUUUUGGAAAUUUUAAAGAAGUGGUUCGUCUGUAUCCUGUAAAUAAUCUCACUGGGGAAGAAUUAAAACAUGCUGCAUUGGAAACAAUCAAUGUGGUUCAGAAAUGUGACUUUAAAGUAAUACUUAUUAUUACAGAUAACAAUCGAUUGAACCAAAAUUUUUUUAAAAAUUUGGUAUCAGGUGAUACAUUUUGUAAUCCGUUACACAGUAAUAUGCCUAUAUUUUUAACGUAUGAUUUUGUGCAUUUAUUCAAAAAUAUUUAUAAUAAUUGGUUAAAUAGAAAAGAUAAUUUGAAAACAUUCACUUACCCAGAUUUUAAUAAUUUCGAACAUGUUAAGCAGGCACGUUUAGAACAUAUUAGGAUAUUUUAUAAUCAAGAGAAAGAAUUAAUGGUUAAGAAAGCUUUCAAAUUGAAUAGGAAAACCUUAUAUCCCAAUAACUUUGAGAGGCAAAAUGUUAAGUUGUCGGAUAAUGUAUUUCACGACACCACUAUCGCAGCAUUAAAAACAAUUCCAGCCUAUCAUGAAACUGCUGAUUUUUUGCAAAUAAUCAGAAAUUGGUGGGAUAUUGUAAACACCAAGAAUAUUGUAAAAGGAAUUGCUAAACGCAACAGAUUUUCAGGACCUAUUCACAGCAUGGACGAUGAAAAAAUUCAGUUUUUAAAAAAAUUUUUGCUCUGGUUAGAAAAGUGGUCAACCUUAAAUAAAGACGGAUUAUCGAAGGAUACGGCUUCAGCAUUAUUUCGAAGUACUUCCAUUUUGUUAAAGUUUGCCGAAUAUUCUCUAACGACUUUGAAAGUAAAUUAUAUUUUACCAGAAAAAUGCGAAACAGACAAUCUGGAAGAACGGUUUGGGCUGUAUCGCAGAUUAUCUGGGAGCAAUUACCAUGUUUCUGUCCGACAGAUUCUAGAGUCUGAAAAAAAGUGUAGACUAAGAAGACUCUUUCAGUCAGUAGGUGCUGGUACAAUUUCUUUGAAGGACGCAUUAAAUUACGAUGUAUCUGAAGUUAGCGAUGAAGAUAUUUCUGAUUUUGCCGUUAUUUUAGAGGACAGUUUUCAUCUAGAGGAAGUUGUACCUGAUGAAGCUGUUCAGAAUUAUAUUUGCGGAUAUGUUUCACAUUCAGUAUUAAAAUCCCUGUCAUGCUCUUUAUGUGAACAAUUAUUGAGAGUAGGAAAAGGUUGUGGUACUGGAGAUGUAUAUUUUGAUCACCUACAGAGAGGAGGGCUGUCUGUUCCUUCACACGAAAUCAAAUAUGUUUUUAAUCAAAUGGCCAGCAUUUUUCAAUUUAUCAUUACAUCAGAAGAUUAUGAAAAAAAAUUCUUUCAAUACUCCAACCACAAAAACAUUAUUACUAAAUUAACCAUGCGUCGAUUACAGGAGAAUGAUUUUUUUUAAAUGUUGACGAUGGUUGUGCUUGUGGGACAAAUCUUCAAGAUAUUUUCAAAAAAGUAUGUUCUAUAAUGGCCAAUAUUGUAUUAAACAAUUAUUCUAAAAUUUGUAACGAUUUUGUGUAUUCCAGUAAGAAUAAAAGGAAGUUGGAUACUCUGCAAAAAUAAGUCUUAAUAUUAUGGUCUUAAUUAAGUUUCAUUUAUACAUAUUAUAACUAUUAUAGAUAUGUAGGCGUUAUGUGUUACCGACCAAUAUUAUGUAUUUGUGUACUGAAUAUCAUUUAUUUUGUUUAAUAUAAACUGAUUAUUAA